GCCCCGCGCCUGCGCUCUGCCUAGGGAGCCGCCCCGUGCUCGUCCCGGGGCGUGAGGCCCGGAGUCUUGCUAGUGUCCGGUUCCACUGGGGCUGUGAGGCGUCCUUGAGCUGAGAAUCAUGAACCGCAGCCGCCAGGUGACGUGCGUGGCCUGGGUCCGCUGCGGCGUGGCCAAAGAGACGCCAGACAAGGUAGAGCUUAGUAAAGAAGAAGUGAAACGUCUCAUUGCUGAAGCAAAAGAGAAAUUACAAGACGAAGGAGGUAGUGAUGAAGAGGAAGCAGGCGAUCCUUCAGAAGAGGGCAUGCGGAGUGCACGUACCCAGGCACGACCAAGGGAGCCCCUAGAGGAUGGCGAUCCGGAGGACGAUAGGACACUGGACGGUGAUGAGCUGGCGGAGUACGACUUAGAUAAAUAUGAUGAGGACGGCGACCCAGAUACGGAAACUCUUGGUGAAUCUCUCUUGGGUCUUACAGUUUAUGGGAGUAAUGAUCAGGAUCCUUAUGUUACUCUGAAAGAUACGGAGCAAUAUGAACGUGACGAUUUCUUAAUUAAGCCCAGUGACAAUCUCAUAGUCUGUGGCAGAGCUGAACAGGACCAGUGUAAUUUAGAGGUAUAUGUUUAUAAUCAAGAAGAAGAUUCUUUUUAUGUACACCAUGAUAUACUGUUGUCUGCAUACCCUCUGACUGUGGAAUGGCUAAAUUUUGAUCCCAGCCCAGACGAUUCUACUGGAAAUUAUAUUGCCAUAGGAAACAUGACUCCUGUUAUUGAAGUGUGGGACCUUGAUAUAGUUGACUCCUUAGAGCCAGUCUUCACACUUGGAAGUAAGCUGUCAAAAAAGAAGAAAAAGAAAGGAAAGAAGAACUCUCCAGCAGAAGGGCAUACGGAUGCUGUCCUGGACCUUUCUUGGAAUAAGCUAAUCAGAAACGUGCUGGCAAGUGCCUCAGCUGACAACACCGUGAUUCUGUGGGAUAUGUCCUCGGGGAAGCCAGCAGCCAGCCUUGCCCUGCACACAGACAAGGUCCAGACUCUUCAGUUUCAUCCAUUUGAACCACAAACUCUGAUUUCUGGAUCAUAUGAUAAGUCUGUGGCUUUGUAUGACUGCCGAAGUCCAGAUGACAGCCAUCGAAUGUGGCGGUUCAGCGGGCAGAUUGAGAGAGUGACUUGGAAUCACUUUUCACCUUGUCAUUUUCUGGCCAGUACUGAUGACGGCUUUGUAUAUAAUUUGGAUGCACGUUCAGAUAAGCCAGUUUUUACACUUAAUGCACACAAUGAUGAAAUCUCUGGUCUUGAUCUAAGCAGUCAAAUCAAAGGGUGUCUUGUGACUGCAUCAGCGGACAAGUAUGUGAAGAUCUGGGAUGUAUUAGGAGAUAGACCAAGUCUAGUUCACUCUAGGGACAUGAAAAUGGGAGUGCUCUUCUGUUCUUCUUGUUGCCCUGAUUUGCCAUUUAUUUAUGCCUUUGGAGGUCAGAAAGAGGGGCUUCGGGUAUGGGAUAUAAGCACAGUCUCUUCAGUAAAUGAAGCAUUUGGAAGACGGGAGAGGCUUGUUCUCAGCAAUACAAGAAACUCCUCUAUUAGUGGUCCUUUUGGGAACAGGAGCUCAGACACACCAAUGGAGUCUUAAUGAAGAUCGUAAAAGUUAUUUACCAGAAGCUGGCCUAAACAGUUUUCCAUAUAUAGCUACAGCCAUGCACUGACUGAAACAAAAUUCCUGACAUUCCCCUCUACAGCUCUGGUGGCUGCACAAAUACACCAGCCUUUGUGUUUACCUGUUGAGCAUGUGGUAUGUAGACUACCUCUUGGAUUUCUGGAAAAGGAAUAAAGGUUUUUAAAAUAGGUAAAA